AUUAGCAGCAUCGCCCCUCGUGGUUACGGAAGUCAAUAGUUAAAUUUAGAAAAAGAAAAAUCAGAAUAAUUGGUCCAGGUCAUCUUCUAGGUGACGUGGCAAAUAUUUAUUGCUAAGUGGUGGGAAAUCGGAGGAUAACGACCUGAGCAGAACCGAACCUAGAGAGAGAAAAGAAGAAGAGAGAGAGAGGAGAGAGGAGAGAGGAGAGAGAAGAUGAUUAUUAUUGGGUUGUGAUUAUAUUAGUCACCGAGCCCAGCGUCGCGAGUGCCUUCACCUUCCACUGCUUCCUCUUUGUCUACACAUUGCGCUCUACAUUCCCCCUCUGAAACAAUCUCUCCAGAUCGAAGCCUCCAAACCCUUGGAUGUUCGAGCAUCUCCCGCUAUGAGAAGCGUGAACAACAGCGUCGAGACCGUCAACGCCGCCGCGACUGCGAUCGUCACCGCCGAGGCUCGCGUCCAGCCCGCCGCCGUUCAACAGAAAAGAAGAUGGGGAAGCUGCUGGAGCCUGUACUGGUGUUUCGGACAUCAGAAAAACGGCAAGCGGAUUGGCCAUGCUGUUCUUGGUCCUGAAACAGUUGUUCCAGGAACUGCAGCUCCUGCAGCAGAGAACCAAGUGCCUGCACCUGCCAUUGUACUUCCAUUCAUCGCGCCUCCCUCCUCUCCUGCCUCUUUCCUCCCCUCUGAAACUCCAUCAGCCACCCAAUCUCCCGCUGGAUUACUCUCUCUCACCUCUCUGUCUGCCAAUGCCUACUCUCGUAGCCCUGCCUCUAUAUUUGCAAUUGGACCUUAUGCUUAUGAGACACAGUUGGUAUCGCCGCCCGUGUUUUCCACCUUCACCACUGAACCAUCCACAGCUCCUUUGACUCCUCCUCCAGAGUCUGUGCAGUUAACCACUCCUUCAUCCCCAGAAGUUCCAUUUGCUCAAUUGCUUACCUCUUCCCUGGAGCGCACACAACGAGGUAGUGGAGUUAAUCAGAAGUUUGCACUUUCACAUUAUGAGUUCCAGCCUCAUCAAUUGUAUCCAGGAAGCCCGGGUGGCCAACUCAUAUCACCGGGUUCAGUAGUAUCAAAUUCUGGAACCUCUUCUCCAUUCCCUGGUAAGCUACCCGUUAUUGAGUGUCGAAUGGGUGAAGCUCCUAAGUUGCUGGGCUUUGAACAUUUCUCCACUUGGAAAUGGGGUUCGAGGCUCGGUUCAGGAUCUCUAACACCGGAUGGUGCGGGACUUCGUUCAAGGCUGGGUUCUGGGACUGUGACGCCAGAUGGAAUGGGAAUAGGAUCGAGAUUGAGUUCUGGACGUUUGACACCUGAUGGCAUGGGCCCUCCAUCACGUGAUAGCUUUGUUCCUGCUGAGAACCAGAAGGGUGCAAUUUCAUAUGUCCCUAGUUUAAAUAAUGGGCCCAAGCAUGACGAGACUGUAAUAGAUCACAGAGUAUCAUUUGAGUUGACUGGUGAAGAUGUUGCACGGUGUCUUGCAAACAAAUCGGCAAAUUCAUUCGGUACAUUGUCGAGAUUUCCACAGGACACUUUGCCAGAGAGCUCCACUGAAAGAAGCAGAAUAGAUGAGGAUUCAAAGAGUUCCUGUGAACUUUCUUCCGAGAAAACUGUGGAGGGAGAACCUGGGAAAACACCAGGAGAUGGGGAGAAGGAACCUUGCUUUCAGAGGCAGCGUUCCCUUACGCUUGGUUCAACGAAAGAAUUCAAUUUUGACAGCAGGAGUGGAGGGACGUCCCAGAAGCUUGGCAUUAGCUCUGAGUGGUGGGCCAAUGAGAAGGUUGCUGGUAAGGAUAUGAAACCAGGCAACAGCUGGUCUUUCUUCCCAAUGCUGCAACCUGAGAUCAGCUGAGAUCCGAUUAAUAGUCUUUGCCUUCAAACAUAUACAACCGCCGGAACUUGCAGCAACCUAGAUCCACUAAUCCACUGACCGCUUGAAUGCAAAUUUGAAAGAUAAUAUUACUUGUAGACGCAGCAAUCCAUUCCUGGGAUUCUGAUGGCUGAUAAUAUAUGGAGCGAAAAUGACUCUCGAUCCUCAAAUCUUCCCAACCAAGUAUGACGAGGGGAUGAUUUUUCGGUACAGAUGCAGGCAUCAAUAGGGCAUUCUUUCAGGUAUCACUCAGCUGUAGCAUAUGAAAAUAGCACCUACUACUAGUGUCAGUAAUCGCGUCUGUGGUUUAUUCAUUCGUCAGUCGCAACAAUAAAAAGGGCAUGCCCUUGUAAUGGCAAAUUAUAUGGGAUAUCUAUCCGCCUAUGCUGUUCGGUACAGUGCAUGUGCAUAUGCUUGUUAAUCCCUAAGCAUCCUGAUUAUGCC